GUGAGCACCACCCAGGUGCCCCAAUUGUGGAGUUUAGCCUGGAGAAAAAGAUGGUUGGGGUUGGGGGGCUCAAGAAAGGGAGAAGCCAAGAGUUGAAUGGGUCACCCAGCAGGAACUCUGUGUCCUGACAUUAAUCUAUCCUCAGGGCGCAGCAGGUUACCAUCAACAGGCCCAACUCAUUGAGUACAUGGAGAGUGCAAAUCAAACUGGGAUGAUUCACUUCCACUUCCGCCCCUUCUCCAAACUGCCUGAGGUGCAGAUGCUGAUUUUCGUGGCCUUCCUGAUCAUGUACCUGGUCAGCAUCAGCGGCAAUGUCUCCAUUUCUCUCAUCAUCUGGAUUAACCGUUCUCUGCACACCCCCAUGUACUUUUUCCUGGCCAACUUGGCAGUUCUGGAGAUCUUCUACUCUUCUACCAUUGCCCCUCUGACUCUGGCCAGUGUCCUGUCCAUGGAGAGAGCCCUCAUCUCCCUGCCUGGCUGUGGCACCCAGAUGUUCUUUUUCAUCUUCCUGGGCAGCACUGACUGCAUUUUAUUAGCUGUCAUGGCCUAUGACAGGUUUGUGGCCAUCUGUCACCCUUUGCACUACACCCUCAUGAUGAGCUGGCACUUGUGUGUCCAGCUGGCUCUGGGGUCUCUGGUGCUGGGUUUCAUCUUGGCCAUGCAGCUGACUGUGCUCAUCUUCCAACUCCCCUUCUGCAGCAGCAAAGAAAUCAGCCUAUUCUACUGCGAUAUCCUCCCUGUCAUGAGACUGGCCUGUGCAGAUACCUGGGUCCAUGAGGUCACGCUGUUUGUGGUCAGUGUCACCAUCCUCACCAUCCCUUUCCUGCUUAUCACUCUCUCCUACAUCUUCAUUGUGGCCGCCAUCCUGAAGAUCCGCUCGGCAGAGGGGAGGCACAAGGCUUUCUCCACCUGCUCCUCUCACCUGACUGUGGUCCUGCUCCAGUACGGAUGUGGGAGCCUCAUCUACCUUUGCCCCAGCUCCAGCUACUCUCCGGAGAGGGGCCAGGUAGUGUCUGUGGUUUACACAUUCAUCACCCCUGUGCUGAACCCCUUGAUCUACAGCGUGAGAAACAGAGAGCUUAAGGAUGCUUUGAAAAGAACAAUGAUCAGGUUCCUGUUGUCCUAA